UGCUCCUGCUCCACUUCAAAAAAGUGUUCGUAAUCUAACUAACGAUGAAGAACCACAUAUAAUAUGGAAAGAUGAUAUUGAACAAUUAUUAAAUGAUGCUGAUUCUCAAUGGAUGGUUCGUGCCGAAAAUGAGGACCCUUCAAAAAUUGAAGCAUUUAAAAGACAAAUUGGAAAAUUAAUCGCUUCAAUGUAUUCUUAUACUUCCGAUCAUACAACUAAUGAAUCAGUACAACAAUUUCCAAUACAUUAUUGGAGAGCAAAAGAUUAUGCAGGAAAGACAAGUAAAUUAUUACUUGAUCAUCCAUCAUUCCAUGAAUCAAAUUUCGGCUGGGAACAUUAUCAAGGUGAAAUAACUUUUCAUCGUCCAAUAUCAGGGCAUCAUUAUAAUGUAUUACGUGAAGAAACAGCGGGACGUUUGGCAAGAGAAUUUGAUAUGCCAAUACAAAAUAGAAGAGGCAGUAUGGAUCUUAGACCAUUAAUGUUAGAAAAAGUUGCUACCUCACAACGUGGAAGUCCUAAUUCAUCAUCAUCAUCAUCUGGAAAAAGUUUUCCUUUACUCAAAGGUUCUGAUAAAAAGAAUAUGACUAGUAUAAUAUUAAAAACACAAGUACCGUUACCUGUUGCAAUAAUAGGAAUGUUUAUCUGCAUGUAUUUAUAUAACUUUACUUUCUUAUAAAAAAAAUGAUAAUAUCGAUAUUAUCGAUAUUAUUGUAUAUUUCAUUUAUUUUUAUAUAUAUAUAUAUUUUUUUGUAUUUUAUUUUUUUAUUUUUCUAUUUU